AUGUUCAGGAUGCUGAAACACCACCUUCACCCGGGCUUUUUUCUCUUGUUCAUAUGGCUUUGUCACCUCAUGGAACAUCAAAAAGUUCAAGCUGGGAACUGCUGGCUGCAGCAGGGGAAGAACGGGAGGUGCCAGGUGCUCUACAUGCCCGGGAUGAGCAGGGAGGAGUGCUGCCGGAGCGGAAGACUGGGGACGUCCUGGACCGAAGAGGACGUCCCCAACAGCACGCUCUUUAGGUGGAUGAUCUUCAAUGGCGGAGCUCCCAAUUGCAUACCUUGCAAAGAAACCUGUGAUAAUGUUGACUGCGGGCCCGGGAAGAGGUGCAAGAUGAACAGAAGGAGCAAGCCGCGCUGCGUGUGCGCACCGGACUGCUCCAACAUCACCUGGAAAGGACCGGUCUGCGGCUCCGACGGGAAGACCUACAAAGACGAAUGCGCACUGCUCAAGGCGAAAUGCAAAGGCCACCCCGACCUGGACGUGCAGUACCAGGGGAAGUGCAAGAAAACGUGCCGCGACGUCUUGUGCCCCGGCAGCUCCACGUGCGUCGUCGACCAGACGAACAACGCGUACUGUGUGACGUGUAAUCGGAUUUGCCCCGAGGUGACGUCGCCUGAGCAGUACCUGUGCGGGAACGACGGGAUCGUCUACGCCAGCGCGUGUCACCUGAGACGAGCGACCUGUCUCCUGGGCAGAUCCAUCGGAGUGGCGUACGAGGGGAAAUGCAUCAAGGCCAAGUCGUGUGAGGACAUCCAGUGCAGCGCGGGGAAGACGUGUCUGUGGGACGCUCGGAUGAGCCGGGGACGCUGCUCGCUGUGCGACGAGACCUGUCCGGAGAGCAGGACGGACGAGGCGGUGUGCGCCAGCGACAACACCACCUAUCCCAGUGAGUGUGCCAUGAAGCAGGCCGCCUGCUCUUUGGGGGUGCUGCUGGAGGUCAAGCACUCGGGAUCUUGCAACUCCAUUACAGAAGACCAGGAGGAGGAUGAGGAAGAUGAGGACUCAGACUACAUGGCCUAUGUCCAUAUAUCUUCCAUACUGGAUGGAUAGGCCCCCGUCACUAGGGGAACAGUCCUAGGGCAAGGAAUCAUGUCCAUACUGUACAUUAUGUGUAUGCUUAUUUAUUUUUUAAAGAAAAAGGAAGUAUACAUAUAGUUCAGUCUGCUAGAUGUUUAUUUAUACUUUUUUUGUGUGUGUUUUAUAAUUUAUACAUUUACAAUGUCAGGCUUACUAUCUACCAUGAUAUAUUGUGUUACCACUCAUUUCCCUCUUAUUUGUUGUUGUCCCAUUUUACUUUCUUUUCUCUUUUUUUUAUCAUGAAGAAAUAUAUUUGUCCAAAGAGAAGCAGUGUUAUUUAUUUUUCAUGUUACCGUGUAAGUAUGAGUCCUCUACAAGCUGUAAAUUGCAUUCCCUGAAGCUGUAAAAAUUCUGCUUGUUCCUGUCAAAUCUCUAUCACAGAUGUUUAUGUCACACAUACGUAAAUGCAUGUUUAGGCUGUGUGUUUAUUUAUUGGGAAUAUAUCAAUCAUUUUAUGUAUAGAAGUGUUUCUGGUUUGUUUACAACUCAUAAGAACCGACCAAAGGGAUUAUCUCUAUGGUUUUGCAAAAAGAGCAUUGUAAGGGUUGCAACACAGCAAUGAUGAAAUGGAAGAGAAAAAAAACCGAGCCAUUUGUAUUUCUUUUCUUAUUUCUUUGGUUACUUCUCAGUUUUAGCCCUUUGGAUUUGUUUCCACACGGAGACGACAACUAAAGACAUUAUUCAAUAGCAUUUAUUUUGUCUGACCACAUUAUAGCAGAGGUAAGUUUUGGACAAUACUUGAUUAUGUUGGAAACAAUGUGCCAUUAACAUUUGUGUGCUGUCUUCUUGCCAAUGUGCUCCAUAUUGCUCUCGCAGAGCUAAAAUAGGACUAACGUACUGCAGUACUCUUUCGCUAUAUCAGACGUCAUCACUUUGUUUCUUUUUGUUUUUGUUCUUUUAUUUCCAGAAUGCAUUUUUAUUUUCA